AUGGCCAAGUCAAAGAACAACAACACUAAUAAGCUUUCUUACAUUUCAGUCCCUUCUCAGAUAAUCAAUUCUUUGUCUUCAUCUUCUUUGCAAUCGCUCCUUCUUUCACCUAAGAAAUCUUCAAGGAGUAAAACCAGGUACUUGAGCUGGUUCACCAACUACAGGAGCCCAAAGUUCUGGGUUUUAUUUCUGUUUCUCUUUGGCUUUCUUGGUAUGCUGAAGUUGGGAUUCAACCUUGACCCUUUGAUCCCAUAUUCUCCAUACCCAUGUACCACAAGUCAGUUACAGAACUUGGUCUCUAAUGGGUAUUUAAAAUCACAUAUGGCUAUUGCUUCAAAUGGUGAAAACAGUCACCAAGUUGAGGUUUUCAACAGUGUGAGCCAUUCACAGCCGUUGAUUUCAAGUGGGAAUUUGAAAUCAGAGGUGGGUGUUGAAGAAGCUGAGCAAAGUGAGUUUUGGAAGCAACCGGAUGGUUUGGGGUAUCGGCCGUGCUUGGCCUUGAGCAAUGAGUAUAAUAAAGCUAGUGUAGGUAUUGUGAAGGAUAAGACAAAAUAUCUGAUUGUUGUUGUUUCUGGUGGGAUGAACCAGCAAAGGAAUCAGAUUGUUGAUGCUGUGGUUAUUGCUAGGAUUCUUGGGGCUGCUUUGGUUGUUCCCAUUUUGCAAGUUAAUGUUAUUUGGGGAGAUGAAAGUGAAUUUUCUGAUAUCUUUGAUUUGGAGCACUUCAAGAAAGUUCUUGCCAAUGAUGUUCGUAUAGUUUCUUCACUGCCAUCGACACAUAUAAUGACAAGGCCGGUGGAGGAGAAACGGACUCCCCUUCAUGCUUCACCUAAUUGGAUUCGGUCACGUUAUCUCAAGCGGAUUAAAAGAGAAGGGGUUUUGCUUCUAAGAGGCUUGGAUUCAAGACUCUCUAAGGAUCUUCCAUCUGAUCUUCAAAAACUUCGAUGCAAGGUUGCCUUUCAUGCAUUGAGGUUUGCUCCUCCAAUUUUGGGAAUUGGUAACAAGCUUGCAGAGAGGAUGAGCAGUAAGGGACCUUACCUUGCCCUUCAUCUCAGAAUGGAGAAGGAUGUAUGGGUGAGGACUGGUUGCCUACCUGGUUUGAGCCCUGAAUAUGAUGAGAUAGUAAACAAUGAGAGGAUACAGCGGCCAGAGCUCCUAACUGGAAGAUCAAACAUGACGUACCAUGAAAGAAAACUUGCAGGUCUCUGCCCCUUGAAUGCCUUGGAGGUGACCAGGUUGCUUAAAGCUCUAGGAGCUCCAAAAAAUGCAAGAAUAUAUUGGGCUGGAGGGCAUCCAUUUGGUGGAAAAGAAGCCUUGCUGCCAUUAACAGGAGAAUUUCCCCAUUUUUACAAUAAGGAAGAUCUUGCUUUGCCCGGUGAACUAGAACCUUUUUCAAAUAGAGCUUCUGUCAUGGCGGCCAUUGAUUAUAUAGUUUCCGAGAAUAGUGAUGUCUUCAUGCCGUCUCAUGGGGGAAAUAUGGGCCAUGCUAUCCAGGGCCACCGUGCCUAUGCUGGCCACAAAAAGUAUAUAACUCCAGACAAAAGGCAUAUGCUUCCAUAUUUUCUGAACUCUUCUCUCCCGGAAGCAGAGUUCAAUAGGAUCAUAAAGGAAUUGCACAAAGAUUCAUUAGGGCAGCCAGACCUCAGGACUAGCAGAGCUGGAAAAGAUGUCACAAAGUAUCCUGUUCCCGAGUGUAUGUGCAAUGAUUCUCGUACUCAUUCGUAUCUUUGA